AUGACUGAGCUCACAGGCAGGGUGUCUCCAGGUCCAUUGGGUGUUGUCACUGCUCCCUGUGUAUCCAAGGUGGAGCUACGUGUUUCCUGCAAAGCUUUGCUGGACAGAGAUACUCUCAAUAAAUCUGACCCAUCUGUGGUACUUAUGAUGCAGUCUCAGGGACAUUGGGUAGAGGUUGACCGGACUGAAGUCAUAAAGAGUAACCUGCAUCCAGUCUUUUCCAAAGUUUUCAAUGUGGAUUAUUAUUUUGAGGAGGUUCAGAAGCUUCGAUUUGAAGUAUAUGAUAUCCAUGGCCACUGCAGUAUUGGUACUCGUGAUGAUGACUUUCUGGGUGGUAUAGAGUGCACUCUGGGACAGAUCGUGGCUCAGAAGAAAAUUACAAAGCCUUUGUUUUUAAGAUAUGGAAAGUAUGCUGGAAGGUCUACAAUUACAGUUAUUGCAGAAGAAAUAAGUGGAAACAAUGGCUAUGUUGAAUUGGCCUUCUGUGCCAAGAAACUGGAUGAUAAGGAUCUUUUCAGCAAAUCAGAUCCUUUCUUGGAGAUAUACAGGAUGAAUGAUGAUGAAUCUGAGCAACUUGUCUACAGGACAGAGGUUAUCAAGAACAACUUGAAUCCUGUGUGGGAACCCUUUAAAGUUUCCUUGAGCUCACUCUGUAGUUGUGAUGAAAAGAGACAGCUAAAGUGUUUAGUCUGGGAUUAUGACACUCGUGGAAAGCAUGAUUAUAUUGGAGAGUUUUAUACAACAUUUGAGCAAAUGCGGAAAGCAAUGGGAGAAAACAAGAUCCAUUGGGACUGUGUUAAUCCAAAAUAUAAGGCAAAAAAGAAGCAUUAUAAGAACUCUGGAACUGUCAUACUGAAAGAUUGUAAGUUGCACAGGAUUUAUUCCUUUUUAGAUUACAUAAUGGGAGGAUGUCAGAUUCACUUUACGGUAGCCAUUGACUUCACAGCUUCGAAUGGAGACCCACGAAACAGCUGUUCCUUGCAUUACAUCAAUCCCUACCAGCCCAAUGAGUAUUUGAAGGCACUAAUCUCUGUCGGUGAAAUCUGUCAAGACUACGACAGUGAUAAGAAGUUUUCUGCCUUAGGAUUUGGAGCAAGAAUUCCCCCCAACUAUGUGGUUUCUCAUAAUUUUGCAAUUAACUUCAAUUCAGAAAAUGACGAAUGUGAAGGAAUACAGGGAGUUGUUGAAUCAUAUCAGAGCUGUCUACCCAAAAUUCAGCUCUAUGGCCCAACCAAUGUGUCACCUAUUAUAGGGAAAGUGGCUAAAGUGGCUGCCGAGGAGGAGAAAACAAAAGAAGCAUCUCAAUACUUUAUCCUGCUGAUUCUAACAGAUGGUGUUGUCACUGACAUGGCAGAUACAAGGGAGGCAAUAGUCCGAGCAUCAUACCUGCCAAUGUCCAUCAUCAUUGUUGGUGUCGGCAAUGCAGAUUUUACAGAUAUGCAAAUACUGGAUGGUGACGAUGGGGUUUUACGAUCUCCAAAAGGGGAACCUGUGUUACGAGAUAUUGUUCAGUUUGUCCCCUUCCGUGAAUUUAAAAAUGCCUCUCCAGCAGCUUUGGCUAAAUGUGUCUUAGCAGAAGUUCCAAAGCAAGUUGUGGAAUAUUACAGUUACAAGGCUAUUGCCCCAAAAUGCCCAGCUCUGGACUCCCCUGAGUCAGCGUGCACAACACCCGAAUAA